AUGGCGACAGCAGCGGCAUACAGAACGCUGGGCCUGGCUCCUGGUGCCAGCAAUGACGAAGUGCGUUUGGCGUACAAGCGUUUGGCACUACAGUAUCAUCCCGACAAGAACCGCGAUGGUAUCGACACGACCGAGGUGUUUCAGCGCAUCAGUGCUGCUUACAAGCACAUAUCGGACCCUCCACAGGACCAACACGAUGGAGAGAUGGGCAGUGACUUCCACGACGCCGCAGCAUUCGAAGACUUCAUGCAAAUGUUUGACGCCAUGUUUCGAACACCAUCCUUGUUUGGAAGCAAGAAGAAAGCAAAAGGCAAGCGAAGAGGGAUGCGGCGACGGGGAGCGGGAAGAUCCAAAAUCGACUUGGACGAAUUUCUCUUUGCCGGAUUAUCUGCGUUUGGCGACAUGAAUCACGAGUGCUUCGCGCAUAUGCCCGGGAUGACCUUCUCGAUGCCGGGAGAUCCGUUUGGCGAUGAAGAUGACCUGGCCGCGCUCUUUGAAGAAAUGGCACGGCUGCAGACGAAGCCUGGAAAAUCCAAGCUCCGACCGACGGGUCGCAAUCGACGGAGGGGAGCACAGACGCCAGCGCCAAAGGAAAAUAAAGAGUCAUACGAGAGCGUCACCACCGAUGACGCCGAGUCGUCGCCAAUUCGUCAUUCGGUUCAGAUUGGUGACAGCGUCGCGGUGUCGGGCGGGAAGCUGAAGGGGACGGUCGCGUUUGUGGGGAAUGUCCACUACUGCAAAGGCGAGAUGGUCGGCGUCGUGUUUGACGAAGCGGUGGGAAAGAACAGCGGGACGAUCAAGGGCGUCGAGUACUUCAAGUGUCUGCCGCAGCACGGCCUCAUGGUGCAGCUCCAAGACGUCGCUCGAACGUAA